CCGGCCCCGCUGCCUUUGGGAGCUGCCCUUUCUUGCUGAUGUUGAGGGAAAUCCUCGCCCAGCCGAGCGGCCAACCUUGGGCGACGGGGCGUGCCCGCGCCUUGAGCGAGGCCGGCGCAGAGGCCGACGAGGCAGGGCGGGGCCCGGAGCUUGCUGCCGGCUUGGCCUCUCGGUCGGAGCGGGCGAGAGGGAACAAUUUUAGGCGGGCUGCCGUCGCCACCAUCGCCGUCAACCACCACCCUCCCCCCCUUUCUCCCGUCGGGAUGUUUAGUUGGCUGGGGAAAGAGAGCGGGCGCCAGAGGCCUGGCGAAGGCGAGAACGUGGUGGAGACGGUGACCGGCGGCCUGAAGGAGCUUUACUCCAAGAAGCUGCUGCCGUUGGAGGAGCAUUACCGCUUCCAUGAGUUCCACUCGCCCGCCCUGGAGGACGCGGACUUCGACAACAAGCCCAUGGUGCUCCUCGUGGGCCAGUACAGCACCGGCAAGACCACCUUCAUCAGGUACCUUUUGGAACAGGACUUUCCAGGAAUGAGAAUCGGUCCAGAACCAACUACAGAUUCUUUCAUUGCUGUCAUGUAUGGAGACACAGAAGGAAGCACUCCAGGAAAUGCUCUAGUAGUAGACCCAAAGAAGCCAUUCCGCAAACUUGAUCGUUUUGGAAAUGCAUUCUUAAAUAGGUUCAUGUGUGCUCAGUUACCUAAUCAGGUUCUGAAAAGUAUCAGUAUCAUAGAUAGCCCUGGCAUUCUUUCAGGAGAGAAACAGCGUAUCUGUAGAGGCUAUGACUUCUGUGAUGUCUUACGGUGGUUUGGUGAGCGGGUUGAUCGCAUCAUUCUCUUAUUUGAUGCUCAUAAACUUGAUAUUUCUGACGAGUUCUCAGAAGCAAUUAAAGCAUUUCGGGGUCAGGAUGACAAGAUCCGGGUGGUGUUGAAUAAGGCUGACCAAGUGGACACUCAGCAGUUAAUGAGAGUUUAUGGUGCGCUUAUGUGGUCCCUGGGAAAAGUGAUCAACACUCCAGAAGUGCUGCGGGUCUACAUUGGCUCUUUUUGGGCCCAGCCCCUGCAAAACACAGAGAACCGAAGGCUAUUUGAGGCGGAGGCUCAGGAUCUUUUCAAGGACAUCCAGAACCUACCUCAAAAGGCAACAGUGAGAAAACUCAAUGAUCUGAUCAAGAGAUCAAGACUAGCUAAAGUACAUGCUUACAUCAUUAGCUACCUGAAGAAAGAAAUGCCUUCUGUAUUUGGAAAAGAAGCUAAGAAGAAGGAAUUAAUAAACAAACUACCUGAGAUUUAUCGUCAAUUGCAACAAGAACACCAGAUCUCACCAGGGGAUUUCCCAGAAGUCAAAAAAAUGCAGGAAUUACUGGAGAAUUAUGACUUCACCAAAUUCCAUUCUCUGAAACCAAAGCUCAUUGAAGCUGUGGAUAAUAUGCUGGCCAAUAAAGUUGCCUUCCUGAUGACGUUGAUUACCCAAGAAGAGCGUAGCAUGCCAACGCAGAAGGUUCAGGGCGGGGCGUUUGAUGGUACCACAGCAGGGCCCUUUGACCAAGGCUACGGGGAAGGUGCCAAGGAAGGAGCUGAUGAGGAGGAAUGGAUUGUUGCUAAAGAUAAACCUGCCUAUGAUGAAAUCUUUUACACCCUUUCCCCAAUCAAUGGCAGAAUCUCUGGAGCCAAUGCAAAAAGGGAAAUGUUGACCUCUAAACUGCCAAACAGCGUGCUGGGGAAAAUCUGGAAGCUUGCUGACUGUGACAAUGACGGCAUGUUGGAUGAGGAGGAAUUUGCGUUAGCAAAACAUCUCAUCAAGAUAAAAUUAGAGGGCUAUGAGCUCCCCAGUAGCUUGCCUGUCCAUCUGAUACCUCCGUCACAUAGAAAAUCUCUACGUGGUGCAGAAUGAUAAAUGCAUUGUGGAAAUCUCAUAUUGUAAUGGGUGGCAUCCUAUUCACCCUGAAAGCCACCAAAGAUUGCUUUUUAACACACUUGAAAGUAGGUAAUGUUGGUAAGCAUUUUCAGAGCUGCUUUAGACAUCAAACUUUUCCUAUAGAAAACUCACUGUUGCUCAGGCCAUCUUGGAAGUCACUGUGGUUGACCAGAGUCUGUUUCACUGUGGGUGUAUGCAGCACCUUCGUGGUCCAAGUGCCAGUGUGUACGCCUGAGUGUGCAGUACAGUAAAAUAGACACAUGUAUAAUCUGUGA